UUACCUUCUUAAUGCACACCUUACUUCCACUUCCACAUCAAACCCGUCACUUUCGUCGCCUUAUCUCUACACCCUUGCACUUCUUCAUCCACAUCUACCUCCAAAAUCCGUCCAAACCACCUACCUGGCACCUCGCACACGACUAAAGGUUUUCCUCACUGAACCGGAAGCUGCACGUGAAAUCCAAAUGCUAAAAGACACUACCUCAUGUGAGCCAAGUGUGGAUCCAGUCAUGAGUAAACAACUGCCCAAUCAUCCAGCUAAACCAAUUUUGGAAACACCAAUGAUUAGCAGAGAACCACCUCCCUAUCAAUUAGACUUAUCAAAAGGGGCACUCCAAAUUAGCAAAAUGGAUCCUCCUUAUCUAACAUCAACAGACUUAUCCACUUCACAUUAUCCAAUGCCUCAACCAGAACCGAUAGAAGCUGGAAAUAAAGAUGUAAAGGAAUCAAUCCUAGGAAUAAAAUCCGCACUCUCCAGUCUGGAUGAAGAAGCCUCUCACUUAUUUGAUCUUCCAACAUCUACACAAACUGAAGCUUCUGAAAUGGAUUCAUCAGCAGCACCUUCUAAUGCUAAAUUGAGUUCAUCAGAUAGCGGGGAAGUCAUCUUAUUGACUUUGGAACAAAUAAAACUCGAACUGUCGGAAAAAAUAACCAGCGAAAAGCUGAUAAUGUUGAGCGAGACUUUGAGAGCAGUUUCAGAAAGAAUCAGAUCAGAUGUACCAAAAAUGACCCCCGAGGAAAGAAAAACAGUAUCACAUAAGCUGCUAAGUGUUAAGACAGCUUACAUGGGCGCAUUGGAAAAAAAUCAGAAUGCACCAUAUGAGACAUCCCACAGAAGGCAAUCUCAUCACAGAAGGCAUUCUCAUCACAGAAAUAGCGAGACACGUUCUUCCAUACAUAAAAAUGAAAGUAGUAUUGUGGAAGUGGAGGAAACAAAAUCUUGUCGAAUUAAUGUUCCAGUAACGUUUAAAUUAUUGGAAAUGAUUUUAAACACCUCUUACUUAUUUUGCAUUGCAAAAUUAUCACCGAAUUUACCAAACACAUAUAUAGCAUAUUCUGAAGUUAUAUCCAUAAUAGGAUUCUGUAUCUCAUUAACUUUACUCUGGAUCUAUUUAAGAAACAUUAGAAAUGGAUUCAAGAAAAAAUACCUUAAAUUUGACCUUAUUUAUUGUACAUUGAUGACAGUUUGUUAUAUUUUGGCUACCAUUCUCAUUGCUCUUCGCUUGAAUUUUGUAUGGCGAAAUUUUUUCUUAGCAUCCGAGGUGUCUGGAAUCAUCACAGUGGUGGCUUAUUUUUAUGACGCUUGUCAUAAUUGCCAGUACAGACUUUCCGGUACUAAUGGACAUGACGUUCACUAAAUCUCAAAUCUAAACUAGAAGUCCUUAAGAAGGAAUGUUUAAAAUAAAAAUGGCUGUGUUAAACCAAUUAAUCUGGAUAUUAAAACGAACGCCCUAAAGAAAUUUUUUUAUUUUCUAUAAAGAGCGUGUUUAUAAUAUUUAUUAAUAAGUAUAAAAAAAUUAUCCACA